GGUUGAGCGAGAGAGAGGUACCAGGAUCCAUGGAGCAUGUCACAGUGCUGGUGGUUUCUAUGUCUUCUUCUUGUCCACGAUGCACUUUAGGAUUUCAAUAAGAUGCGUGUGUGUUUCCAGAUAGUUACUUUCCUUUGCGCCUUCAACUUCCAGCCGCUCAGAGCUCAGGAUCCUGCCUGUUGCAAUCAUGCAGCUGAGUACUCGUCUUGCAAAGAAGCUUGUGACCAGCUCGCAACGAUAAAGAGUGAGUCUCGUCUGAAGCACCUCCUCCAAAGAUUACCCAGUUACUGUCCAGAGUCUAUGAAUGAACUGUGGAUGUGCAUCAACUCGACUCUUCCAGGAGUAUCCAGGAAAUCCGAUGGCUGGGUGGGUCUGGGAUGCUGUGAGCUGGCUAUCUCAGCUGAGUGUCGCAGGGAAUGCAGACAGGCAACAUCCAAAAAUGACAUAACAAAAGUUUGCAAAAAGAUCACAGAGAAUUCCCUCUACAGCUGCAUCACCAAAAAUGAAAUGGGCUCUACAUGCUGCAGCUAUGCAGGGCGUCACACCACCUGUAGGGAGUACUGCCAAGCCAUCUUCAGGACCGACUCAACACCCACUGUGUCUCAGAUCAAUGCUGUCAAAGAGUAUUGUCAGAGUCACAACCCUGAGCUGCUCAGCUGUGUCAGCAACUUCACAAAGUCCUACCCCAUACGCAGCCCCAUAGACAGUCUGUACUGCUGUGACCGGGCAGAGGCUACCCACUGCCAGGUCGCCUGCCGGAAGAUCCUUCGCACAAUGAGCACAGAGCAUGAGAUCAUGGAGGGUUUGAUCGAUCAGUGCGGCUCCCAGCCCCUCCCUCAGGAACCCAUGUGGCAAUGCUUUCUGGGCAGCGCUAACCCUCCUCCCCCACCUGAAGAAGAGACCCCCCAUCCUGCCAAAAUGGACUGUGCCAAACUGCACUGCUGCUCCAAGGCCAACACCUCACUCUGCAGGGACAUGUGUCAGGAGAUCAGCACUAACUGGGGCAGCCAAACGUGGCAGGACUUCGACCAGCUCUGUGAAUACAACCCAGUGGAGACAGAGCUCAUCAACUGCCUGGCCGAUGUCCGAGAACCCUGCCAACUGGGCUGCAAGGACCUCUCCUACUGCACCAACUUCAACAACAGGCCGACAGAGCUGUUCCGUAGCUGUAAUGUCCAGUCAGACCAGGGAGCCAUGAACGACAUCAAGCUGUGGUCCAAUGGAACAAUCAAGAUGCCUUUCAUGAACAUCCCCGUGCUGGACAUCAGGAAGUGUCUCCCGGACAUGUGGAAGGCCGUAGCCUGUUCCCUGCAGAUCAAACCCUGCCACAGCAAGUUCAGAGGGAGUGUCAUAUGCAAGUCAGACUGUGUGGACAUCCUGACCCAAUGUGGGGACAGGAAACGUUUCAAUGAAGGACAAACACCAGAGAGGAUCUGCGAACUUCUGUCACCCAUUGACGACCCUGAACGCUGCAUCCCGCUCCACAGAUACCUCACCCCCAGUUCCAUUGGCGACAGCAUUGUUGAGGAGGUUGUCCAUCCAUGCAACCCCAACCCCUGUCCCAGCAACCACUUGUGCCAGGUCAACAGGAAGGGUUGCCUUGAUGAACUCAACUGUCAGCCAUACCUCUGUGUACCAGGCUGUAAACUGGGUGAAGCCUCUGAGUUUCUUGUGCCACUGGAUUCUCGUAUCCAGGUGCCGACUCGCGCUGGUCCUGCUGGGUGCUACGAAGUGUGCAGCUGCGGUCCCAGUGGGCGUCUGGAGAACUGUGUGGAGACGCCCUGUGUGGACAUUAACAAGCCCUGCAUCGUAGGAGGACAGAGGAAGAGCCAUGGGACAUCCUUCAGGAUUGACUGUCACACUUGCUCCUGCUUCGCUGGAAACACCAUCUGCUCCACCAGAGAAUGUCUCCGUCUCGACAACUCAGCCGAGGACCGACGACACUUUACUGGUCUGCCCUGUAGUUGUCCGGACCGCUUCAUCCCAGUGUGUGCCUCUAACGGGCGGACCUACCCCUCUGCCUGUGUGGCUCGCUGUAUGGGAUUCAAGGACCAUCAGUUUGUCUUUGGCCAGUGCCACCUGAGCAACCCCUGUGCCGACAAACCAUGCCAGAGAAAUCAGAGGUGCCUCCCAAAGUUCCGUGUGUGUCUGAGUGAUUCAUCAAACUGCCCACAGUUUGAGUGUGUUGGCCGGCCGGCGGCAUGUGAUAAGAACAGCGUGGAACCCGCCUGUGAUACUGACGGCCUGGUCCACCCAAGUCUGUGCCAUCUGCAGCAGGCUGGGAAAGCUCUGGCUUACAUGGGUCACUGCCAGGAUGCCUGCAGGAAGCGAAAGGAAGUUUGCGGCCAUAACGGCGAGACCUACAACACAGUGUGUGAUGCCUUCUCUGACCGUGUUGCUGUGGACUACGAGGGCUCCUGCCAUGCUGUGGGGGCCGUGUCUGACGGGGCCCCCGAGUCCGCCUGCAGUUUGAUUCCCUGUCCACCUCUGUCGACUCCAGGCUGCCACCCUAUCACACCACCUGGAGCUUGUUGUCCAAUCUGUGCCAGUAUGCUGCAGAUCCUGUGGAACAAAGAUCAGAUGAACUCUUUCUCUAAGCUGAACAAGAACCAGCCAUUGACGGUCCAUGAUGUCCUGCGGCUCCUGAGGCAUCAUGUCUCUGUGCCACAGUGUGACGUCUUCGGCUACCUGAGCAUCGACCAUGAGCUGGUGGUCCUCAUCGCCCCUGUGGACCAGCAGCCAACCCCCCUGCAGAUAGAAGCCUGCAGCAAAGAGGCCGAGAAGAUCGAUUCCCUCAUCAACUAUGCCAGCCCCACACUGGUCUCCCACGUUCCCCUCUCCGCGUUCCUCUGUUCCGAGAUCAAGACCUCCUCCAUCCAUUCCUCCGCUGGUGCUCCGACUUCACUUCUGUCCCCCGGCAUCUGCCUUCUCCUUGGCCUUCUCCUCGCUGCAGCACCUGGCCUCCAUCAGCUCUAAUAAGUCCUUAGUACCCCCCCUCCCCCAGCCCCGUCACCUAUGCUGCGUGUUCCAAAGUGCCCAACAAACCAACCCCCAUCCCAACCAACCCUUACCCCCCCCCCCCCUCUUCUAGGAUGAUAGGGGUGUCAUGAGGUGAGUGUGUUUUGGCAGCGGCCGAGCAGGAAGAAGCAGGCCUCGUCUUUCGACAAUCAUUCCAAUUUAGUCACGUGCGCGUCAACCAAUCAAGGUGAUGGAAAAGCUAUUAUUAUGAAAAGCUUUCGAAUGAACAGUAUUAUAUUCAGUGGAUGAGUUACUCGCUGGGUUUCCCUCCAGUGAAGUUUGCUUUAGCGUGUGUGCGAAUGUGUCUGUGUGUAUGUGUGUAUGUCUGACCUUUAAGAAGCAUUUGACUUUAUACCAGCAGUGUUUAUCCAUUAAUCCCAGCAGCAAGCUCUCCUCGGGAAACCAUUAAGUCGGAAUGUAAAUUUCAUGACUCGCUCUUUCUUGUUCUGAGUGUAUGUGUGUGUGUGUGUGUCCAGUUGGAUUUCAGAGACAGACAAGGACAAAGCACCCCUGUCUGGCAGCACAUCUGUCAGACAAAUUACCCAAAAUUCCCUUGGCCACUCUUUUCACACGCACUCAAACAAACUGAUCUGUGUUACAUCCCGACUUCUCUGUUACAGUGACACUUUCAAAGCCUCUCUCUGAAUGGGAAUGCACAGUCUGUACCCCACAAUGCAUCAUGUACAUACAUGUGAGGUGUAUGUGGACCUAGUGUUUGAACCUCAGCAGUGUUAGUGCCAUGCUCAUGGACUGAGCCAGCUCAGAUGAAGCUAAUCCAGCCUCCAAAGUCAGUUUACUGAACUGCUUGUCCCUAAACAUGACCAGUUCAAAUGCCAGUCAAAAAGUUUGCAAAGUAAGGGAGCCCAGUUGCUGCUCUGUUUCACACAGCACUGUGGUGAAGCAGAUCAGAGCUGAACUGAUGAUCCACGAUUUAAAAUCCAUUUUUACUUGAUAACAUGAAGCUUUUCUCCCCCCAAAAACCUUUGUCCUGAAGUGGUGCUCAUAAAAUAUCAAUAAUACAUGCUACACACAACUUUCACAGCUUGAUGAAUAAAGAGUAUGAGUAAAAAAAGCAGUUUAUAGUAAAUACAGAUGUUAUUCUGCAUGGUGGCUGAAAAUGUUGAGAGAAUCUGUUCUCCAUGUGUCAGAAAAUCCAAUCCAGAAGUCUAAUUUAGUGUUAUAUUGUUUUUUCCCCUUAUAUUAUUAUUAUAUUUUUGAUCAAUAAGUAAUGUCCUUACUUAUUGAACACAAGGGAAGCCUCCUUCAACUGAGAGUAAUGUACAAAACCAGCUACAGCAUUAUUUUCUCGAUGAAAACCAUUGGUUUCUAUGUUCAAGCUGCAGUUAGACAAGUGGGCGGGACCGUCAACAAAAUUUUGCUCUCCAAAAUCAAUACUCGCAUGAAUGGUCUCUUCCUGGUCAGAUUACACCCUUCACUUUUUUUUUAAAUAAUCAUUCAUAAUUCCACCCCUUUGGAGUGUAGGGUCAACAAAAUUACAGUCACCUGGAAAAAGUUUUAAAUCUGACUGUGUGCUUUCGAGUACGAUUCUCCACCAAUCCACUGUGGCACAAGUGACGACAAGAGACACUGACAUACCCUGACUUUCAGUCUAGUGGGCAUUUGAUCCUAAUUCCCACCAUGCCCCUUAUAUGAUCUUUUCAUUAAACUCUCGGUCUACGACCGAUCACAAAGACUUUUGAUCAAAAAGUUAUUAUUGUCUGAAACUGACUUGACAUAAUCUUGAUUGUAUCAUGUAUUAGGUAAUAUGUUAUUUUCUCAGACUAAACAAAGCUCUGGAGACACAGAGGACUUUGAUAAACUCUUUUCGCAGUCAGACUGCUUCUACCUCUGAAAAGUCCGGACGGUGAAUAGUCUCUUUUAAUUGGCAGGGACAUUCCAAAUGAAUGGUUUUGUCCUAUGAAAUGCGUGUAAUUAAUUCAUAUUAGAAUAUGAAAUAUUCUGCAGCAGGUAGCUCACAGGUGUAUCAGGGAAACAGUGUUACAGAGAAUCUUAUGAGCACCACUUAUGAACCGUUCUUAGUACGAACGGCAGGUGAAGGCUCAGUUGUUGUGUUGGAGAAUCGUCUGGAUCAUCGCUCCCUCUGUGAGGCCAGUAGCUCUGAACAGUAUUAAAAGGGAUCUUUUCUCUCUGUACAUUUGAACCAGAAGCCAUUUAUUAACAAAAGGACAAUCAGCUAGUCUCUACCCACAAUCCACUUUGGGUAGAGAAGAUAUUCCACAGUAUGCCUUGCAUAUAGUGUCUUAUAUGAAGUAAUAGUAAAAAAGAAAAAUGCAAUAACUUUAUAUUUGUUAAGAAAUGUCUCUAUAUUUGAUAUGUUUUUGAUAUGGGUUGAGAUAAUAACAAUCUAUGUGCCAUGUAUUUUAAACAAACAGUUGCUAUUCUUUAUUGCAUGAUGACAAUUAUGAAGUGUUUUACUCCAGAAUGUAUUACAGAGUGUGUUGUCCCGUGUCUGUGUGUGUGUGUCUCUGUCUGUAAAAUACAAUGUGUCCAUUUGUCAAACAGUAUUACUGUGCUGGGCAGCUCUGUAGCAGGGAACCCUAUCCACGGCUCCUCUAUCUAGUAUUAUUAUAAUUAUUAUCAUUAUUAAAAUAGUUUGUUGUAUCUUUGUUGAUGUACUCUGGAGCCAACAAGGAUUUGCUCCCUUAUUUCUGUGUUCACUUUGAUUUCAUGUCAUUUCGGGCGAAAAGCUUAAGAUGUAAGGGUUCACACAGUCAAACUUUAAAACUUUGUUACAUAGUUUUCUGCUCCUGAUGAAUCUGAGAGAAUCGUCAACAUGCUGGGAAGUUGACUUCUCUACUUUCUUUCUUUGAGUGAGAUGAAAAGAUUGAUAUCAGGAAACAGUUGCAUCCUUCAAAUUUAAAUCUACCCAAUAUACACACAACGAUGUGUGUAAAGCUUGAUCUUGUUACCAUAGUUUGGUGGUUUAGAGGCAGUUACCUGUCGGAGCUCUAUCUUCACAAUUAUAUUCAACCUCAUGUGCAUUAGCUCCAUAAGUUGAAAACUCAGACUUACGUCGCUGUUGCUGAGUCCCGAGUAAGUCAGAAAUCAAGGUUUCAAAUAUGCAUUUAAUGGCUAAACACGAUGUCAUGAUGAAACUAAUUAGAAUUUUCUUUAAAGGCUGCAGUGACAUGUUCCAGGCAAAUAAGCCACUGAAAUAUGUUAUGAAGGAGCAGCAUUGUUGUUUUUCUCUUGUGAGCUGAGCGAGAAAUCUACAGUAUUACAGAAAGGAUUUGUAGGAACAUGAGACUAUUUUUCAUUUCUUACAUUACACAACAAAACUAACUUAAAUAACAACAGUUCAAAAAAACACAUCUACUCUAACCAGCACAGUAGAAGUGUCCAUAUUGAACCUAACCCACACUAUAAUGUAAGUCUAGCAUGUGAAAUACUGAGGGAUCCCACAAGCUGAGUUUCAGCAACCUAUGAAAAGUCAGAGGUAGAUUUAGAUACAUAUUGACACAGUUUUUAAUUCAAGCAGUCAGCUUGUUUUGCGUUAUGUUGUCAAUAAUGUGCAAAUUGGCUUUGACAUUAUCAAGCUAGUUAACAUUGAAAAUGACUUGAUUGCUGGUGUGUUUUGCGAAGGAGAGAAGUGAUUGGUUCUGGAGUCUUACAGGCCGAUGAGCCGAUCAUCAAUAAAGAGCUGGUGCAGGGAGCACACGCUAUCAUGUAACCAUCUUUAUAUCUCACUAUCAGAAAGAAAGAAAGUUUGAUUUCCCAGAAGGUUAAAGUUUUCCGACGAUAUGAUCACUUGUCAUAAAGCUAUCUCUGGAAGCCAAGCGAAGACAAGUUUUUAGCAUUAAGCCAAUUUCUCCUGUCUUUGCAUGUGAUGUAAAUGUGUAAUGGAGCUAAAUUGAAGCGGUGGACUGUCCCUCCUGAGCAUAUGAACCUGGCACCAGUCACCUCCGAUGGUUUGUGUCAUGACAACACUCAGGAUUGUCGUCCCUCAUAUUGUGUUGGAUUUCUCUUUUGUCUAUUCUCCCCUUCCAUCACUUUGUUUGACCCUGUAAAAGUGCUAUGUAUUAAAAACUGAAAAUGUUCU